GGCUUACGAAUAUAUCUACUAUUAAUCAUCUCAUAUGACCAAUCUGAUCUGGGUUGCCGGAGCCGAAAGUGGGUGCUGCUGCGCCGCCCAACUCGAACGCUACUUUUCCAGCUUGUCGCAUUGGCUCUUCGCACCCAUGAACAACUUCACUUUCACGCGAACUAAGAAACUCUAAUCACGAUUCUAUUUCUUUCCGCUAUUUCCACGCGUUGCUGAACUCUUAUCCUUAGCUCAUCGACUAAUCACCAUGCCCAUCGCGGUCAACCACAUCCCUACCCUUUUCGUAGCAGCAGCCCUGACAUUCGGCGGCAUGGUCCCCAUCUUCAACGCUGAAUACGCCAUCCGCGAAAUGGGUAUCCCGCAGCGCAUCGCCAAGUCAAAGGAAGCCCAAACUAUUAUGAUUCUCGGCAUGGGGCGCACAACUACCAUUGGCCUCGCCUUGUGGACGUUCUAUCUGCAAGGCAAGUUGGAGGUAGUAGAUACGCUAAUGUUCUUGCUCGGCGCCUAUAUCGGUGCGAUCGAUGCGUAUGUGUGCUGGAAGGAGGGUGUACCGGGAACGGCGUGGUUUAGAGGUUUGUCGGGACUAGCCAUUGCGGCUUACGGGUGGUUUCGCAUGACAGCUUGGGCGUGAGGAUUCAAGACGGCUGGCACUGACGCUGCAUGCGUAGUACGGAUGGGAACUCACUGCGCACGAGCCUAGUGGCAUCAUCGUUCUGCAUGCCUAUGAGAAAGGCUACGGAUUGUGGAUCAGACGCAUGAGCGGGGUCGUAAGGUUGAUGAAAGAUAGUCGGGUGGAGAAUCGAGGGGUAGCGCCGCGUUAGUAAGUAGCGUGAUUUCGACGGACGACUUCUGAGG